AUUUCCACACGCUCCAGUCCACGGGGUCAAGGGCCCGGCCGGCAACCAGGAGUGGACGGCAUGGAGCGCUUUCAGACGCUGUUUACCGACGAGGAUGUCAAGUGGGACAAGCUGCUGGACAACAUCCUAAAUUCGGCUGACAACAUCCUGUGGGGUACCACACCUGCCCGUCCUCCGCCCACUACUGCUGUAGAGAGCGAGCCGAAAGAGUCGCCGCAACCCCCGGAAACUGACGACGAACUCUCCGAUGUCCUGGAUGACUUUUGGUUGCCCGACUACUUGGGCGGCCCCAUCAGCAUCCAGGACCCCGACGACAUCGUCGCGGCGACGACCCAGCCUCCCGGCGGGAGGCUUCACGUCGAGCCGGUGGCGGACGGGGCCCGGACGGCGGCGUCCUCCGACUCCGCUGAACCUCCAACAGACGCGCCGCAGUCCGUCCGGCAGGAAGGAGCUCGGCCGUACGUCAAGAAGCCGCCCAACGCCUUCAUGCUGUUCCGCAAAGAGCAGAGCCCCAACGUCGUGGCCCGGUUCAGCAUCACCAAUUCUGCGGUGGUCAAUAAAAUUCUGGGGAAGAUGUGGAAGUCGCUGCCAAGGAAGCUGCAGGCAAAGUACUACCAGCAAGCCGAAGAGCUCAAAAUCCUCCACGGCCUGCGACAUCCGGACUGGUCCUGCACAGACAACUACGGCAAAAAGAGGAAGCGUGAUCGCAGGAGGCACGGCGCUGACCACAAGAGCGUGGCGAUGGGGGCGGGCGGCACACAAGACCGCAAGCGCGGAAACGGGUGGCUGCUGACGGAUACCACCGCGGAUUUGGCGCCGUGAUAUGAGAAACACGGCGCAGGUCAAGACCGGACCUUGUGUCUUGAGACGUAUUCACGAAUGGCGUCGGAAUGCAAGAACCAUGGACAGUAUCUGGUAGGGGGGAGUCCGAGUACUCUUGUUAGGGAUGUCUGGCCUCUUCCUAGAACUGCCACUGGACAGAGGUUUUUCCUUUUCAAAUGGAUGUUGUUACAACUGGCAAAUAUAUCUUCUGAAUGAAUAUGUACAAUUUGAUAUCAAAUUGUAAUUGCCCAUUACUUAAUAACAGGACUGAUUACAGACGGUGA